AUGACCCGAACUCCUUACUAUGGCGGCGACCACCAUCCGCCGCCUCUGUUUGUUGCUGAGCUUGAUAGCCAACCUGGACGUCCCAGCGAUGCUCCAUCACAUCACGGGCCUGACGGAGCACCUAUAUUUGAGAUGGCGGGCGAGCCAGUGCUUGCACACCAACCGCUGAUUCAGACUGCUGGCGAGGAACACUCUAAUCCGUCCAAUGAGUGGCCGGCCCCUCUGAACAGCCCAGCUAUGUCCAUAUCACAAGGAGUGGCCAAGGACGAGCCAAGCAAGGGUGUGUCUGCUACGUCGCAGCCCAUCAUGGCCAAUCCCUGGGCAUAUUUUGGACCCGAGUCACCAGAGAACAAGUUCCAAGAAACACAUACCGAAAACCAGCGUCCUUCAGAGCCUGUAUACAAACCUUAUCCUGGCAGUAGCGAAAUAUCUCCACCUCAGGUUCCUCAGAGCACACGUCCGUCUGCCAAUGUUUCAACUCCUGAUUUCACAAGUGGUGACAAUACUUUCUAUCCUGCGCCGCUCAAGCUUGCCCAUCGUCCUGCUAAGCCGGCCUCCCCCCCAGCCUUUAAACCGUAUGCUCCCCCAGAGUCGCAGGCUACAUCGGAUUUACUAUCCAAGCCUUUGAGUAGGCCCGACAGGAACAACCCGCAGUCACCCACGACUCCAAGCUCAUACCAGCCGUACAGACCACAUUCACCUCAGCCUCCUGUUCAUGCUGUUCCAACAUCCGAUUCUCGCCCGGCCACUGCGUCGCCUCUCCAGAGUGCUCCUCUGGCGGAUCCUCCAGGUGUAAUCCAGCAGCAACCUGUGGACCCAGCGUCUCACCAUCUCCAUUCGACAGCAUCUCCAACCCAGCCUGUGAACCUUCCAUCUACGGAGCCCAAUCUGCCGUCCCUGCCAACUAAUAGUCUUCCUACGUCUCCUAAGCCCCAGCCUGAACCACAACCGCAGAAACAGCAUGGGAUCCCUAACGCCGCUCCGGCCAAGCCUGUGCCAUCAUCUGCGGCCACCAACCUUCCUUCUCCUAUGACCCCUUCGUUCCAGCAAGCUUCAGUAAUUGCACCUUCGCCAGCAACUCCUGCACCAAGUACAGGAGUGCCCUUCUCUCAACCACAAUAUGCUGCUCAUGUUGCUGUCCCUAGCUAUUCACAGGCAUCCGCUAGCUCGUCUUCACCUGCAGUCCCAAACAAUCCUGGGUUGCCAUUUACUCAGCCGCAAUAUGCCGCUCCGGUUCAGGCUCAUGACUAUGGGCCGUGCCAACCAUCUGUAACCCCUUCUACAACCUCUUCACCGGGAGUUUCCAGCCCAGCAUACAGUUCGUCUCAAUUGUCUCCAGCCCAACCCAGCUAUGGCAUUCCACAUCCAGUUUAUACAUCAGCUCCAGCGAGUUCAACGCUAGGCGGUAUCAAUCCCUUCUUACAGCAUCCGCCUGCUGUCUACCAACAAGCUGCUCAUACAGACCCUACAGCUCAUCAACCACAUACCCAACAGGCAACUGCGGAAUCAUAUGGAACCCCGAAGCCAACACAAAUCCCACAAUCGCCGCCUCCUCCGUAUGCGCCUCAAGACACAAGCCCUGGAGUUGCAGUAAACCAACCAGCAUCAAGCAAUCAUAUGAUGUACCAAGCAUUUCCUGUUGGCGCCUACCCUCUACAACCUCAAUAUCCUACACAGCCACCCCAUGUUACAGCAACAAGUCCUCCCCUACAGGGUCUCCAGCCUCCAGCACUUCCUCCACGACCUUCAUCUUCGCAAGGAUUCGCACCAUCAUCCGGAUUCGGUUCUGGUCCGACUGGAUACAGCCCAUCCAACUAUCCACCGCCACCUCAGACCUAUUUCUCUCCUCCUCCUCCAGCUUUGCCAGCACGUCCUGGUCUUGGAAAGUUGGCUGGCGGGGGAGGAAAGAUAUUUGGCAGCAGCUCCGCGGAUAAGUGGCUGAGGAAGACAGGACAAGUGUUGGAAAGCACACUGGCACCGUAUUUGCAAGGACAGUCGGGACCUUAUCGACCAGGCUCACACGGCCCGCAAGGACAACAAGGGCAAUCGGUACAGCAAGCUCCUGGACCUUACCCACAACAAGGACAAUAUUUCCAUGCCCCUCACUUAGCACCUCAAUUCAGAGGUGCAUCAGAAUCUGGACCACCACAACACGGGCCAGGUGCACCGGGAUAUUAA